GAGACGCCCGGAGCGGCCGCUGCGGCCAGUAGCUGCCGCGCCACCGCCGGCCCCUUCACCGGCCGCCCGGUUCAGACCUAGCCGGCAGGGGUGAGAGGGAUGCAGCUCGGGGCCCAGCUCCGGUGCCGCACCCCGUAAAGGGCUGACCUUCCACCUCGCCACCUCACCCACGGGAAGCCAAGACCAAACCAGCUUAGACCUCUUCUGGUGCUUGUAAAACCGAACACAGCAAAAGUAUGGAUAUGGGAAACCAACAUCCUUCUAUCAGUAGGCUUCAGGAAAUCCAAAAGGAAGUAAAAAGUAUAGAACAGCAAGUAAUUGGCUUCAGUGGUCUGUCAGAUGACAAGAAUUACAAGAAACUGGAGAGGUUUCUAACGAAACAACUUUUUGAAAUAGACUCUGUAGAUACUGAAGGAAAAGGAGAUAUUCAGCAAGCGAGGAAGAGGGCAGCACAAGAGACAGAGCAUCUUCUCAAAGAGUUGGAGCAGAAUGCAAACCACCCACACCGGAUCGAAAUACAGAACAUCUUUAAAGAAGCCCAGUCCCUGGUGAAAGAGAAGAUUGUGCCAUUUUAUAGUGGGGGCAACUGUGUAACUGAUGAAUUUGAAGAAGGCAUCCAGGAUAUCAUCCUGAGGCUGACACACGUCAAAACUGGAGGGAAGAUCUCCUUGCGGAAAGCGAGGUAUCACACUUUAACCAAAAUCUGUGCAGUGCAAGAGAUCAUUGAAGACUGCAUGAAAAAGCAGCCUUCUCUGCCACUUUCCGAGGAUGUGCAUCCUUCAGUUGCCAAAAUCAACUCGGUGAUGUGUGAGGUGAACAAGGCCAGGGGCACUCUGAUUGCACUUCUGAUGGGAGUGAACAGUAAUGAGACUUGCAGGCACUUAUCCUGUGUGCUCUCGGGCCUGAUUGCGGAUCUGGAUGCUCUGGAUGUGUGCGGGCGUACGGAAAUCAGAAAUUACCGGCGGGAGGUUGUGGAAGAUAUCAACAAAUUAUUGAAAUAUUUGGAUUUGGAAGAGGAAGCAGAUACUACUUAUGCAUUUGAUCUGGGACAGAAUCAUUCCAUUUUAAAGAUAGAAAAGGUCCUCAAGAGAAUGAGAGAAAUAAAAAAUGAACUUCUUCAAGCACAAAAUCCUCCUGAAUUAUACCUGAGCUCCAAAACAGAAUUGCAGGGUCUGAUUGGACAGUUGGAUGAGAUCAGUCUCGAGAAGAACCCUUGCAUCCGGGAAGCUCGGAGAAGAGCGGUGAUUGAGGUGCAAACCCUGAUAACCUACAUUGACUUGAAGGAGGCCCUGGAGAAGAGGAAGGCGUUUGCUUGUGAGGAGCACCCGUCCCAUAAAGCGGUCUGGAACAUCCUUGGAAACUUGGCCGAGAUCCAGGGCGAAGUUCUUUCAUUUGAUGGGAACCGAACUGAUAAGAACUACAUCAGGCUGGAAGAGCUGCUCACCAAGCAGCUGCUGGCCCUGGACGCCGUCGACCCACAAGGAGAAGAGAAGUGUAAGGCUGCCAGGAAACAGGCGGUGAAGCUCGCCCAGAACAUCCUCAGCUAUCUCGACUUGAAAUCCGACGAAUGGGAGUACUAAACACUACCCAUCUCACAGUUGAUACUUCUUGUUUUGCACUUUAUACAUACUUCUAUGUAUUUAUAGAGAGCUUUCAGUUCGUUGAGCCUAAAUGUGAUUUAUACAUGCAGAUUUCAAACUCCAUUUUUAUGAUUUAAGCAAAUUAUAUUCAGUAUCUCUGCUGCUUUUGAUGUUGCCGAACAAAUGUCAUUACAGCACGUUAACUUUUCCAUUUGGAUCAUUAUCUGUAUGUUGUGGUGUGGUUUUGGGGGGUUUUUUUAAUCAGAAAAUGGAACGGGCAGCUUUUGUCAUUUUUAAGUGGGUUGUGGAAGCAUUGAAAUGCAGAUCGUUCAGGAUCUACAUACAGACAUAACCUGAUAGAGCACUAGAACAAUUAUGAGAAAGGGGGAAAUUUUUGGUUAGGUAGAAGUAAGGUCCAAACACAAAAGCAAACAAUGAUAUGUUCUAUUAUGCUACAUAAAGCAGAAAGGUUUGGGUUUUUUUUCUCUGUUUCUAAGGCCUGAUUGGUCCAACCCAAGUUAAUAGGGUGGGGGUUUUUUUGUUUUCAGAUUUUCUGUUUUUUCAUAAGCAUUUUUUGUUUGGAAAAUGGUGUCUGUAUUUUCCCCCAUACUCUUCAUUUAGAGGAGAAAAUCUUAUGUGCAACAGAAAAUUAUGAAAAUUAAUAGCAAAAAAACCUUUUGAGACAGCACUGAAGAAGGGAUAAAACACCAACUAAUUACCUUCAAGAUUUUGUUGUAAACUCUGAAUUUACAAGUUUCUUCCGUAGUCAUCAGUAAGGAUGGGAACAUUUAAGUGAAGUUAGGAGAUCUUUUAAAAAAAGAAAAAAAG